AUGCAGCUCAUCCUGACCCUUUAAAUCCCUUGUAUAGAGCAGCAGCUGCAGAAUUAGAGCUGUCACCGCGCAGAUUGCUCGCGUUUGUUUAGUCUUGCUUAUGGAAACGGAGCUCCGCAGAAAUGUGCGCGAACGUCUUCGGCACGCUGAAAAGCCUCUUUGGGAAGCCCUUUGAUGGUGGGAAGAGGACAAUGGAUCAUGGCAACCAACAGCAACAGCAGCCACAGACCCAGUUCAUGGCAGGGCCAUUCCAGGCGUACAUGGUCCCUCAAGGUCCAUACCCAGGGCCCCACCCAACCCUGGUGCGCCUGGAUGAGCUGCAGAGGGAACUAAUGAUGUUGGGACAGCAAGUGUUUUCCUUCAGUGGACUGCAGAGUGACAGAGAGUACAAACGACUCGAGCGAGAGCUAACACGACUCCAGCUAGAAGUGGAUCAGGUGGAUACAGAGGGACGGAUGGAGCUGCAGCAGGCUCGGAAGCGUGCAGCAGGGGAGUUGGAGGGGAUGUUGCGCUAUCUGGAGGGUAAUGCCACUCACCCGUCUCGGAUAGCUAUCGAGGAACUGAGCCAGGAGGCACAGAAGCUCCUGUUGUCGGGGGUGGUGGCUCCAUUUCGUGAAGGACAGGCCCAGGAUGCAGCGGAGAAUGGGGAGGACCUUGUGGAGGCUGUGCAGGAUGUGGCGAUGCGCCUGGCCCAGAUCAAGACGGGCGGAAGUGUGCCGCUUAGGAAGGCUCGCUACCGCGCUCUCACCCGCGUCUGUGCCGUACAGGAUGUGCUUGAGAGCCGCGUUCGCACGCACACACUUGCUCUGCCUCUGUCUGAGGACACCCAUGAGGCCGUGCAGCGCAUCAAUCAUGUGAUGGUGCAGGUGAGUGGUGCCCGCUGCCAGCUGGUUGCUCUGCUAAUGGGGCUGAGUGGGCGGGAUAGCUGUGCCCACCUAGCACGUGUCCUCACUGAGCUGUUAGUGGAGCUGGACGCACUGGAUGUGUCUAGUAACACAGCAGUGAGGAACUACAGGAAGCAGGUGGUGGAAGAAAUCAACGGCCUCCUUAAACACCUCGACUCGGAGGGGGAGGGAGAUGACACUCGCAGGUAUGACUUGACACAAAAUGACUCCAUCCGUGAAAUCGAGGCUAUCCGAGGCCGUGUCUCUGUACUGUUGGGAGAGGUAAUGAGACAGGGUUUAGGAGGCCAGGGUGCAGAACUUCAGAGUCUUCUAACUCGUCUGGACCAAGUGGACACCGGGCGGAACCCCUGCAUUAGAGAAGCAAGGCGAAGGGCUGUGCUAGAGAUCCAGGCAGUCAUAACCUAUCUUGACCUCCGGGAAACCCUUGCUCGUCGGAACCCGGGACCAGAUGAACCCCAAGCUCAUGUGGCAGUGUGGCGUGUCCUUGCCAGCCUGUCUGACCUGCAUUACCAAGUGCUUGGCUUUGAUGGCAAAAGAGCUGACAAGAGCUACAUGGUGCUUGAGGAGUUGUUGACCAAGCAGCUUCUGGCUCUGGAUGCUGUAGACCCUCAGGGGGACCAGGAAACAAAAAUAGCCCGUAAACAAGCAGUGAAAUAUGCCCAGAACAUCCUUGGUUACCUGGACAUGAAGACAGAUGAGUGGGAAUACUAACUGAUUGAAGAGUAUUAAAGAAGAAUAUUAGAAAGUUUCACUUGCACAAAGUGCUUUGAAAAUGUUUUGUGCCUAGUUAAUGGCACAAUUUGUAUAUAAAAGACUUUGUCCCUGAUGGUAAAACUCUUUCCCUACAUGCACUGCAAUGGCUGCUUUUCAAAUGUAUCUGUUUUAUUAUCCUAGUCAUUGGGCAGUGGGCCAGUCGUUACUGAAAAGUGCAGUUUUGUUCACUCCAUUUUCCGCAAGCAAACCUAUGCAGCGUUCGAGCGUUCUUGUUACAAUUCUGGCUCCAUGAUGUGCUUUUCAGUGCUUUCAGAUGUGUCCUUAUUCAUAGUUUACUUUAGGCUCGGUGUGGUGUGGAGAUAAACCCUGUCGUGCUGCCAAAAACUUGCUUCCUAGUCAACCACUUGUCUAAAAGGAGCAUGUCAGGAGGAAGGUUAUAUGAAGUCUUUACAUAGUGCAGUUGCAACACCAGACUGUAUUCCUGCCUACUCAACAACUUCUCUCAUUAAUAUGAGAAUGAAUAACUACAUGGCAGAUACAAAAAAUGAACGAUGAACGAGCGCUGAAAAUUCUAAAUAAGUAGCCUAAAAUAAUCAGGUUUUUUUUUUUAUCAUUUUCAUGGGUUACAAGUGAUUUUAUUAGUUUUCUUAGGCUCUUGAUGAAAAAAUGCUUACACUACCUAAAAAAAAAAAUCAGUUUUCUUUUUCAGGAGUUGUAUGGAGGAGAGAAACAGUGCCUAAAGAUGAUCAAAAGGAGAUUAUCCUUAUAAAAUCAGUCAAGUUGUACACGAUCUAUUGAAAUUGCAGCAAGAUUCAAUAGAAAACGGGGGAAAUCUAUUGUGUGCAGGCUUCAUAUCUCUGCAUAGAAAGAAAGGAUGGAUUGAAGGCGUUUCUAACACUUGCCAUUGUUCAGACUAAAGUAUGUCUCUGUGCCUCCUGGGGGUGGGUGUGUGUGUGUGUGUUUGGGAGAGAUUUUUGCAGGGCAUGAUGCUGAUUAAAGUAGACAGCGAGUUCUAGAGCAUUCCACAUAGAUGAGUGUCACAAGCUAUCAAAAUAGCACCUGAAAUUGUUUGGCUUGUCUCAAAUGGUCAGGGUUGUCAUGGUUACAAACAUCAGGGCUUUGUUCCCUCCUCCUGCUGAGAGUUCAUAAGGACAUUUCCCUUUGAAUAUACAUUGAGUCAUGCUGCAUGAGCAGAUUAAAACACCAGCUAAUCUGACUCUUAACAACCCUGUCAUCCAUUCCAUUAACAGUUUUUUUUUUUUUUAUAUUCCACCUAAACAUUCCUCACUUCCUCAGUUCGAUUCUUUCUAAGAAUCUCUACCUAUGCUUUUUCUGUCAAAUGCGAUUGUUGUUCAUGAAAACCUUUGCUUUGUCCUUAACUUAAAUAAUGUUUUAUUUUUUGUUUUUUUUUAAUGCACCUUUGUAAGCACAUAACUGUUUUAAGAUCUUUCUGUUUGCUGCCACUUCUGGUCAUGAGAGAAGACCAGUAUCAGAAAAUAUCAGAAAAUGGGGUCAUUUGAUGUACACCCGAUAUAACAAAAAAUUUAACAGAGGAUGUAAUGCAAUAAAACAGUACUGUGGAGGGCAGAAAAUUGGGACAGGGAAAUGAAGCUGUGAAAUAGGCAGUGCAUUGAAAUGGGGAGAAAGAGAAAGCCAGAUGUGGUGACUGUCCAGGGGUUUGUUGUGGUCUUGUAGUCUGCUUCAGUCAUUGUUACAUUCCGUCUUCAUAGGGUGUUGUCUGGGGUUGUGGUGGCAAUUAUGUUUAGUCAGGCUAAAAAAAAAAAAAACAGACAAGGCCACAUACUGAAGUAAAUGCAGAAUGCUUUAUAUUUGUGCACUUAACUUCUGUCUGGACAGCUAUGACGAAGCACAUAAACACCCUGAAAUGUAGUGGUUCUCCCAGUCCCACACAGUGGUCACAUAUAAAUGUGCUCUAAUUUUUUCCAGUGCCAGCAAGUGUGAAAGUUGUUUAACACUUAUGAAAGUUUUUUAUUUUUUCUUCCUCCCACUAUAAGCAAUGCUUCAAAUGAACCUGGUGCUUCAUUUACAAAAUUAGACAUGGCUUGAGUUUAUAUCUGGUUUUGAGAAUUCACAUUUUUUUAUUUCCUCAACAGAUUCACACUAUUUCUUUUCCCUGUGAAAGUCAUGCAGUCAUCACAGUGAACCUGUCUCCAUGGUAACAAUACAAUGUGUGGUUUUGCCUCAAACUAAAAAGAAUAUACAGUAGAUACAGUGUAUUCACUGUCUGUGAGCAGUGACACUGGUUGAUAUUUUGAGUUCGAUGUGGGAUUCAUGUCUCAGUCCUGGUUAGAGUAGAGGCACUCUAAAAUAAGAAUAUGGAGUCAUCAAGUUAUUUACUCUUAAAUAGUGAUUAUUUGAAUUUAAAAUGUCCAGAAGCUUUUUGUAGCAUCUUGAAAACAAAGCAUCAAUGAAUUUCCUAAUUUAGUUAUAGAGAGUGAUGUAUAAUCUGGUGCUAAAACACUCAGAUGGUUCACUUGUAACCUGAACUACAGAGUAUUAUUUGUUGUGAUUUAGGCUGGUAAACACUGACAGCUGUUUGUUUGUCGAGCAAGAUGUCGCUGGUGAAGGGGAUGCAGGUGAAACAGUAGAAAUUCCAGCUGAAUGAUAGAUUCUGUACAUGAGUAGCUACUUCUCAAAGUGUGUAAUUAGCUAUAAAAGCACUUUCAGUUCAGUAGAUUUUAGUUUCAUCCCACGCUCAUUUCUCUCUAGUGCCAAAAAUGGGAAAAGUGUUUAUGCUUAAUAGUAGCAUAAUCACAUAAACCAAGUAGAACAUCAGCUGCAUAGAUGUAGAAUGUAAUGAGGAAUGUCCUAUUUUUGUGGCAUACCAAAGGUUAUUGUGAGCUUCCCUGUUCCGAACCUUGCAUUAUGAUCAAGGGUGAUUUGGUAUUUAAAAAAAAAAAAAAAAAGACAAAUAAAAGAGAAGGGAAAUUUACUAGAACUUUGAUUUUAUUCAUCAGGACCACUUAAAUGAGAAUGUGUUUAUGUGGUCAGGUUUACAGAAUACAUUUCUUAAUGUUGCAUACAAUUUGAGAUAUUGUUGAUUGUGUGAGACUUGCUUUGUGUGCUGUCUGGAGUAUGCUUGUAGAGAAAAAGCACACGAUUUUGAACAACUGUAUGAAUGUGUUGAUUAACUGCAGUAUUUACAUUUUAUUUAUCUCUAUAGGGAAGGUGAUAAAUAAAAAGUGAAUAAAAGGGGAAAAAAAA